AUGGCAAAAAAACGCAAGGCCUCAUCGCGGGCGAAGGGAGAAGACAGUGUCUCAGGGUUUGAAGAAAGAGGUGGAAAGCAUCGUGCGAUUACCACAUAUGAGGAUGUGGCAGAUUCUGAGGAUGAGUUUCAUAUCAAUCGGGACAAGGUGAUGUUGGAUGAUGGACCUGAUGCGAAGAGAAGGAGGAAGUACGCGGAAGAAGAUGCAGAACUCCAACCUUCAGACGAUGAAAUCCUGGGCUAUUCAAGCGCAUCCUCCGAGGACGAAGAACCAAGAGCCACAAAAGGCAAAUCUUCCAAAAAUACUGCCGAUUCGGACGAUGAGGCCUCCGAUGAGGAAGAAGAGGAGGAGGAAGGCUGGGGCACAUCUCGAAAAGACUACUACAAUGCCGAUGAAAUCCAAACCGAAGCCGAUGCUUUAGAGGAAGAAGCAGAAGCAAAACGGAUCCAGCAGAAAAGACUUCAGAAAAUGACGGAAGCAGAUUUUGGGUUUGACGAGAAUGACUGGGUCGACUCUACCAAGACUGGAGAGAACGAUGACGGAGAUGUGGUGACGGAGGUAUUGAAAGAUAUAGAAAUCACAGACGACAUGGGAAGCGAUGAACGAUUACGAAUCCUCCGAAUGCGAUAUCCAGAAUUCGAAUUCCUCGCAGACGAAUUCCUCACUCUACAACCACUACUGCUCUCCCUACAAAAAGAAUCCGAGGAAGAAAACGCACCACUGGGCGUCACAUCCCCAACGCUUAUCAAAUUCAGAGCAUUAUCAGCAUACAUAGCUUCACUAACAAUGUACUUCGCCCUCCUCUCCUCCACGACCGGGAAACCCAUGGACGCAGCUGAACUUCGCGAUCACCCAGUCAUGGAAAGUCUUCUCCAAUGCAGAACCCUCUGGGCGCGCGUAAAAGCAUUAAAAGCCCUCCCAACACCCACAGCAACAGAAUCAGACUCCGACUCUUCCCCCGAAGAACUCACCACCACCACCGCCAUCCAAGCAUCACCCUCCCCCCCUACCUCCACCUCCAAACCCACAAAAUCCAAAUCCAAAUCCACACCCCUUCCCCUCGACGACCUCUCCGCACUCCUCCCCUCAAAACGCCCCUCCAACCCCAAACCCAAAUCAAAACCCACCACAUACGACUCCUCAUCCGACUUCGGCGAAGAAACCCACCUAACCGCCUCCGCCGCAGCAACGAAAUUCGCAAAACGCAAGACCCUAAAAUUCUACACCUCGCAAAUAACCCAGAAAACCAGCAAACGGCUCGGCGCCGGCAUGGCGGCGGGCGGCGACGAAGAUCUACCGUAUAGGGAACGGUUCCGGGAUAGACAGACGCGGUUAAACGCCGAGGCGGCGAAGAGGGGGGAAGUGUUGAGUGCGAGUGGGCGGGGGAAGGGCGCUGGUGUGGAACUGGGCGGUGAUGAUGAAGAAGGGGACGGAGGGGAGAGGGAGGAAGGUGAAGAUGACGAGUAUUACAAUCUCAUCACCUCCAACCGCCGCUCAAAGAACGACGCAAAAGCAUCCGCGCUCGCCACCACAGCGGCAGCAGCCUCCGCCGCAGCACUCGACCGCGUAGCCAACGCUUCGGAUCUGAACCCCGAUGAGAAGAGAGCGAUCGGGUAUACGAUCGAGAAGAACAAGGGGCUGGCGCCGAAACGGAAGAAGGAGGUGCGGAAUCCGCGUGUGAAGAAGCGGAUGAAGUAUGAGGAGAAGAAGAAGAAGUUGGGGAGCGUGCGGCAGGUGUAUAAGGGUGGUGAGGAGCGGGGCGGGUAUGGGGGUGAGAAGACGGGUAUUAAGAGUGGGUUGGUUAAGAGUAUUAAACUUUAG